GCUCUGGAGAUACAACGGAACCACAGACACCGCCGACUUUGCACGGAUUUGGCUUUACAAAACCCACCUCCCCUGCAACCACAACCUCGGAAUCUGGUAGAUAUUGGUGCUAUUGAAGAGAAAGAGUCAUUAUAAAACAAAUAAAAAAAUAAAAAAAACUGACCAGUUAGAGGCAAAAGGAGGCGUCUGUGCACAUCGACGGCCGUUAGCGAGCUCAGCUAGCCGCAUCGCUAGACGUCGAGCUGAAUUAACGAGUGUUUUUUAAUUCACAUCCACAUCCGUAAAACUGAGCGAUACAACAGAAUCUCAGCGCGUUCGGCGGAGCUAUCCGGCUCUUGCACUGCAGGCCUGUGUGUGGGUGCCGAGAAUGCUAAAGGAUGAGUCAGAGGGACACCCUUGUUCAUCUCUUUGCUGGAGGCUGUGGGGGCACUGUGGGUGCUAUACUGACAUGUCCAUUGGAGGUGGUGAAGACGAGGCUGCAGUCUUCGACGGUGACGCUGUACAUUUCUGAAGUGCAGCUCAGUACUGUGAAUGGGGCCAGUGUGGCCCGUAUGUCUCCACCGGGGCCUCUGCACUGUCUCAAGUUAAUACUGGAGAAAGAAGGUCCUCGCUCACUAUUUAGGGGGCUGGGACCCAACUUGGUGGGAGUGGCUCCGUCCAGGGCAAUAUAUUUUGCUGCCUACUCCACAGCCAAAGAGAAGUUGAACAAUGUGUUUGAUCCUGACUCCACACAGGUGCACAUGCUGUCUGCUGGUUUAGCAGGGUUCACUGCCAUCACAGCGACCAACCCGAUCUGGCUUAUUAAGACUCGGUUGCAGCUUGAUGCCAGGAACCGUGGUGAAAGGCGCAUGAGUGCAUUUGAGUGUGUUCGGCGGGUCUAUCAGUCAGAUGGGUUACGGGGAUUCUACAGGGGCAUGUCUGCUUCCUAUGCUGGCAUAUCAGAGACUGUCAUUCAUUUUGUUAUCUAUGAAAGCAUUAAGCGCAAACUCAUGGAGUCCAAGGCCAAUGCUAAUAUGGAUGAUGAAGAUGAAUCUGUAAAAGAUGCUUCAGACUUUGUUGGAAUGAUGCUGGCUGCUGCCACAUCCAAAACGUGUGCUACAUCAAUCGCUUACCCCCAUGAGGUUAUACGUACAAGACUACGUGAGGAGGGCAGCAAGUACCGAUCGUUCUUCCAAACUCUAAACAUGGUGUUUCGGGAGGAGGGUUACAGAGCUCUGUAUCGAGGCCUCACCACUCACCUGGUCCGACAGAUCCCCAACACCGCUAUCAUGAUGUGCACCUAUGAGCUGGUGGUCUACCUGCUCAAUGGUUAACUGCUAGAGCGAGAGAGACAGGGAAAGAGAGGGAGAGAGUGAGAGAGAGAAAGCAAGACAAACAGGGUGAGAAAGUGAAAGCUAGAUGGAGACAGAUAUAGUGACAUUGUCCCAGGCUUAGAUCAAAGGAAGUAGAAAAAAAAUCUAGAAACGCAUUGUUUACCCAGACCUCCAGAGGGUGCUGUAGUCUCAUAGAGAAAGAGAAUGGGAGGGAUUCAAGCCUGUCAGACUGGAGUGUGUUUCUUAAAGAAAGACUGAUGGUGAACAGACAUGCUAAAGCAGUCUGUCCAUUUGUUUCUCUUGAAAUGUUUUAAGAGAAGUCAGUUUUGAAAGGACAAUAAAAGAGGGGAAUGCUUGAAAAAAAAAAAGGAAUUGGCAGAAUUCCUUUUACAGUCAGUCAAAAAAAUAAUGGAUUUACAUUCUUGGUUAUUGUUUCAUUUAAUUUAUCCUUUCACUGUCAUUUCAUUUCAAAAAUCUUUUUAAUCUGAGCCAGUGUUAAAUGAAACUCUGAUUUCCCCCCUCUUUAAGAAAAGAAAAACAGCUUGUUCUGAAGAUCUGAAGUGGCUAAAGGUCUUUGAAGGAAAAAAGUAGCACAAUAAUUGUGUUUUCAAGUAUUUAAAAUGUUUGCAUUUUUCUGUUUUCUUUCCAGUUCAGUUCCUCACCAAGUUUCAUAAAGACAUUUUGCCUUUUCAGAAGUUCAAGCAUUACCCUCUAGAGGUUACUUUCCUUUCUUACCUAGCCAUGCAGAUGGUUGUCCACGCACAAAUGUCCGUGUGCUGUCAUUAAUUCAUGGUCACAUGAUCUGUGGCCCCUCAUGUGCUUCAAACUGAAGUGUUUGUUUUUUGUUAGGUUUAUUUUAAGUUUAACCAUACUUAUUUUGUGUGUGUGUGUGUGUGUGUGUGUGUCGUACUGUUGUCUUAAUAUCAGUAUAUAGUAUAUUCUGGGUGGUAUUUUUAAUUGGGAGAUAUUGUCCUGCUUGCAUCACUGGGCGUUUUUACUAAAAAGGAGCGUGCUCAACAGUUCUCUGCUGCAAAAGCCUCUACUUGAAUUCCGGGUGUCGAAUUUUCCAAUGAGCUUUGUUUCUGUGUUCGAUUUGGAGUGGCUAACCACUUAUUAACAACAUGCCACAUUGCAAAAUAAUGUGUAGUAAGGCAAUAGAGUCAUUCAAAGUCGGUUGACUCUUCCCCUUUCCCAUUCCUGUGGGAAAUCAAGCUGAAAAAUUAAUGUCCCAUCCUCUGGAUUCCCUGUAACAUUGGCUUUUGACUGACAGUAUAUGCACUUUGUGGCCUGUCUAGGCUUGCGCAAAUUAUUAUUUUUUUUUUUUUUUUUUUUUUUCCUGUUUCCUGUUUGGGACUAUUUUAAUUUACAUUGUAAAACAUAGUGUUACUAUGUAAGCAAGACAGUGUUUUGCUGAACAGUUCCCUUUGGAAGCUAUUGUACAGUUCAGUGUACUAAACUUUUAGUGAAGGAUAUUCUUGUAUGUGUAUAUACUGUACGUAUGCAUAUCAAUUAUCUAGUGUUCAUAACUUAAGUCCUCUGAUUAUGCAGUAGUUUGCAGUUACAAAAGUGUUACUUGAAUGGCUGCAUUUGUUUGAUAGAUCUGUUGCAGAAGGAUGUGUUGAAACUCAUUUUGUCGAAUGUUUUUACGUUUGUAAUUUAGUUUUUAUCACUCCUUAUUCUGGCCCCGGACCUCAUUUCUUACUCGAAAUGGAGUCGUGAAAAUGAUUUCAGUCUUUUCAUCUCAAUUGUUUGCUUACAUACUGUUGUCUGUACUUUCAUGAUAUAAAGGAGCUCAAACUGUCCAUGUCAAGACUUAAUCCAUGUAAUCUUUCCAGACAGUUUAUUACCAAUAUGUGGGCUUCAAAUUAUAAUUUAAGGUAAUUAUAUUAAGCCUCAUGCUGGUAGAUCCCAUACAUAGCCUCCAGGGUACUGUAAGCAUCUCUUAGUAGUAAUAGUAACAGUAUUUUCCUAGCAAUGGUCAUGGUAGCAUUAAUCAUCCAUAUACUGAAGUGGUGUGUGUUAUCAGAUAGUUUCAUACAUUUCAGUGUGCUCUUCACCUUACUGUCCAUUUCAAGUCAAUUUUAUCAUCAAUAUGUGUAAUGCCUUCCUCUCCACUGCUAAUGAAGAUCUGGAGUACUGUAUUGAUCUUCACCACACAUUGGUUUUCAUUGCUAAUUAUAUACACAAGUGCUGGAAUAUUUUCACAACUAAACAUGAUUUGCUGAAUUUUUUUUAAUUUUUAUUAUUAUUAUUAUUUUUUUCUCUCAAUUUGACCAACUAGAAGCAUAUUUGUUUUUGAAAGCCAAAAAGCAAAUUUUCAAUGUAAUUGAUAUACUUUGUAAAAUAUCAUAAAAGAGAAUAAUCGUUUAUGGAUUACUAAUAAUAGCUGAUAAAUAGUUGAGCUAUAUUUAAAGAUUUCUUGGCCAUGUGUUAGAAACAAACAAGCAUGAUGCAUUAAGUUAGCCUUCAACAAAUGCACUUCACAGUCUCACAGCGGAGAGACUUUAAUGGCAUUACCAAGGUACUCUGAAUUGCAUUUUCAAAGUGCGUUGAUGGAAUUGUCAGUUGUCAUUAGGCAUGAGAGACUGAAUGGACAUAAGGCUUGAAAGAAGAAUGGAACAUUCUCUCAAAUGAGCCUUAUAAUUUGACAAAUAUUGAAAAUGCAUUAACACUGUUAAUGACAUAUUCAGUAGUUUUUCCAUGUGUGGUGUCUGUAUUGCACAGUCUAACAUGACCAACCCUAAAAAAUUGUAUGUCAACCCUUGUUUCAUUUCAAUUGUCUGUCUUUUGCCUUUUUUUUUUUUUUUUUUUUUUUACAUCUGUUUUUAUGGUAAAAUUGGCCUAUUUGCUGGUUAUGUGAUAUCAUACCUCUUUUUGUACAAACUGUCAAUAAAAACCAGUGUAAAACCCA